AUGCCUCCUAGUAAGAAGACUGCGGUACCGAAAGCGAGCAAAGUCGAUUCACUGAAACAGGUUUCAUUGAUGGCGUUUGUAAAACCGACCGCAUCGUCAUUCGAUCCCACUCCACCAGUGCAGAAUACUUUAACGACAAGUAAACAACCUGCGACCGUGCCUUCUAGAAGCAGUCCAACGAUAAUUCCGGAAACCCCAGAUUCCAAAAAGUGCUCCCCUCGUAUCUUCCGUUCCUCCACCGGUGAUCUUGUUCAUGCCCCACUUCCAUCAGCACUUCCUGGGAUUUCAACCAGCCACCCCUACCGCAAACCCCGACGAUCUAGUUUUGUUACCCAACGCCAUGCCCAUGUUAUGGAGAAACGAGCUGCAGAAGGUCGUGUCAGUCCUAUUUCUCGUAUGGGCGAUUAUUGCAGUCUUAACUAUGCUCCAAUUCAUCAGAAUCCUUCUUCCUCGACUCCAAACACAUUUGCAAGUGAAAGGGCACGACGAAUGGUUCGAUUAGCUGUUGGUGAAACACCUCCGGCUAAACCUCAAGUACAAGUAAAACGACCUACUGUGUUGGAGGAAGAAACUGUAAUUGAAGAUAGUGUGAUUCUUGAGGAUGUCAAAUCUCCACCACCGCAACCACGAUCGGUUAAAGCGAGGCGCUUGAUUACUCUUAAUAGUCCGGAGGAGAGACAUUUGAAUGAUAUGUUAAAGGAAAUUAAUGAAAAGCAAAAAUCUCCUGAAACAGUAAACUCGAAAAAGGAGUCAGAAUCUGGUGAAAAGGUCGGAGAAAGUCUCAUUCUGGAAGAGUCAUUUUUCAAUGCUUUGGAUGAUGAUUGGUCUCUUGAAUUCAAGGAUAGGAACUUGAAUUUUGGUACGAACUACAAUGGCAAAAUUCCAGAGGAAGCGAAACGACCGUGGUACCGCUGUCGGAUUACAGACAUUUCCUCAAAAGGGCAUUCAAUAACCAUUUCGGCCGUUCACAUGGAUACCAAAGAAGCCAUCACUAUUGAUCUUUCUGGAACUUGGACUGAUACGCCGGCUCGGUUAGGAAAUAUUAUCCAUCUUGUCCCCUCCAUCACUGACUCUCAAUCUUCUGUUUCCCCACCACCAACCUUCCACCUCUCAGACGAAGAUCACAUUCAGUCUGAAGGAACACUAUCCUCUCCCCAUUCUACACCCCGCCUUCUUAUCUUAGAGCCCGAAGUGCUCAUCUCAGGAACAACUGUAGCAAGUAUUGCAGCUGGACGUUGUUCACGGCGAGCUGUUCUUCAACAUCUCUGGGCUGAAAAUGAGGUCUUGGAGUCGAUAGCAACAGAAUCAUCGGUUAGUGUGACUACUUCCUCUGCGUCUGGAACAUCAAACUCGGCAGUGAAUGUGAUGCUCGUUGGUAGUGUGGUUCACGAGGUCUUUCAGCAAGUCGUUAAAAUGCGGAUGUCGGGUAAAUCAACAUCCACAAGGGAGGUCCUCUUCAGCAGUAUUAUCAAACCCUCAAUUAUACUUCAAUUAUAUGGACUAGGUGAUUCUCCUAAAGAAUUCUGCGCAUCUUUGGAGGUUUUUCUGCCAAAGAUUGAUCAAUGGGUUAAGGAACAUUGCUCUUCGAACUCCCGAACAGCACCUUCGAAUAAGCCAACCAUCAAAGAAGUUCUGGAUAUCGAAGAAAAUAUCUGGUGUACAAAAAUCGGAGUGAAAGGAAAAAUUGACAUGACGGUCAUGUGUCAAAUUGGAAAGGAAUUGGAUUGUAGCUUAAUUCCCUUGGAAUUGAAGACUGGAAAACCCUCCUUCUCCUUCGAGCAUCAGGGCCAGGUACUUCUCUAUCUUUUGAUGCUUUCCGAUCGUCACUCAGACCGCUUUCAAGAUGUCGCAAAACACGGUUGGCUGGUCUACCUGCGUCAACCUGAUCGACGUCAGAUGGGUCAAUCGGAUUUGGUUAAACCUCAAGCGAGCAGCUUUCGCGGUUUGAUUCAAACUAGAAAUCGCAUUGCAGCCUCUUUGAAACGUUUGAUUGCAUUGGAUGACUUAAUUCCCGAAGAGGGGAAAGAGAAUGCUAAAUGGAGCCCCCAGUUGCCAUCUCCGUUGGACAGGGAGCGUGUGUGCUCCUGGUGUCCAUACCUCCUCACCUGCGGUCUAUUUCGUGGAGAAAGCACCCCACCUCCAAUUGAUGCCCAACUACAUCAAAUGUUUAACGAUCGCAUAAAGCACGUCAAAUUCGAUCACAAGACCUUCCUCCUUCACUGGACUCGUCUCCAACUUCUCGAAUACGCAAGUAGCAACAGAGUUGACAAAGUCCUCGUUAGCAUAGCGGAAUCCACAAAUGAGGCAACUUCUGGUGCUAUUCGUGGGUUGAUCGUCGAAAAUACGUCACAAUCUACUUCUGAUAGUGAAUUUGUCAUUAAUAUGGUGAAACAGGACAGUGGCCAAAUUACAAUCCAAGGUAUGUCGCUUGGAGGCUUCUUUAUAGUCAGUAGUGACGACAGCCGUCAUGUCGGUCUUUGCCUCGCCACUCUAAAAGCCGUAUCACCGUCAUCGAGAUCACUCACCAUCUGCACGGACAGGCCCUUACCUCAAUGGAUUACACGAUUUCGAUUGGAUCGCUAUUUCGCCGAUAAGGCUGUUCAGAUCAACCUCUCUAAUCUAGUGGGGCUAAUGGAAAACUCUAGAAUUUGUGCUCAACUUCGACAGUUGAUAAUCGACCAAAAUUGUCCCCGAUUUACGCGCAGUCUGAAAAAGUCCACUCUUCUUGAUGUUCGACGAUUCCUUCGCCCUUUGAAUAUGCAUCAACGUCGAGCUGUUCUUUCCGUUCUGAUGUCGAAGGACUACACCCUGAUCGAGGGCUUUCCGGGUUCAGGUAAUGCUGGAAACCUAUCAUCAGGACCACAUAUGUGGACUCCCUUCCAACCCAUGCUUAUCUACUCUACUUUCCAUCGACGAUUUGCAUUUUUUCACAAGUUUCUUGACCAGUGCUUAUUUGACUUUCCUCAUCAUCAUCAUCAUCACGGCCGAUUUAAAGCUAGGGUGGCUCUCACUCCGGAGGGUGUGUACAUCAUG